AUUGAGCCUAAAAAAAUGUAAGGCAGGCAGGGCUCUGGCUGUCAAGAUCGUGGGCUUGGAAUUCGCGCGAUUCUCGCGCACGCACUUUGCGAUUAUACGUGUAUUGUUGUUGUCCCGUCAUCAGUAACUGUGCUUGCCUUUCUAUUUGUACCACUGUACUUCGGAUUUCACUCAGUUCUACCAUCAUCAUAUGUCCAAAGCCAGCCGAAGGCAGUUCGACUGGUCUACGAUAAGAGUAGCGGGUAAUGCCGCAGCAGGCGGCGUCCAUCAGUUAUUACAUUAACAGUUCGCAUUCCUCGAUCGACUUGGGACUGUCUAUCUCAAGUCCUCCUACUCUACUAAACGCGUUGCAACAUGCCGACUUUGCGAAGCGGUAGGUAUACCCGGGCCGUUUCAUUAGAUACCUUGGCCCCAGGAACACUAGGACCUGUGCACAUCGGAGGUUCGUCGGUGGAAGUCACCGAGCCUGCCUUCGGGAAUCCGGGAGUGGACGCCGAACCAGCGACGUGCGCUGACGAGUACGGCGUGGUACAAGUCCAAGACCACGACGGAUCUUCAGGAGACUUGACGCCUCCCCAGCAACAUCCGCACGGCAGUCGCGAAAUUCAAGUCCCGCUCCCAAAUUGGUCAGCUCUAAAGAGAUCCAAUUUGGAGAUUGGGCCGUCAGCAGGUGGGCCCUCCUCUAAGGGUGCACCCACGACUCUCGCGGUUCAUCCCAAUGUCCUGGACGAAGACGCACUUAUCGUGGAGUUCGCGCGCCACUAUGCCAAGAAACUCACCAGAAAUGACUUUUGUGCUCUUCUUCUCAACCAAAUUGUCCUCCAGUCAGUCGGAAUACCCGGCUCAAAAAAGUUACCGCCACUGAGUGAUUUAAUCGCACAACAUCCGGAGUUGGGGGAUGGGUUAGAGGAAGCAUGGAAGGCUCAAUCGUUCAAGAAGAUACGAAACUCGGUUACAGAAAUUCUUCUUCCAACAGUCCAACCUGCGGGUCCUCCCGACCCUGAAGCGAUACUUGAUUCUCAAUCAUCUGAAGAUGCGACAGUCAAGUCGUGGUCUUCCGAAUACAGAGGAGACGCUGCCAACAUUCUUUACCAGUACAUGAUGAGACAAAAUAUCGCUGAUACAUAUGCUCGCCUCUUACCAAUCGUACAGUCCUCUGGCAUGGGGAAAUCGCGAAUGGUCGACGAGUUCUCCAAGAAGCACUUUGUAGUCCCCUUCAAUCUCCGUCGGGGAGCUGAAGGAUAUCCGGCUCCUGACCAUGAUGUCUUGAAUUGGUUCACAAGGAUUAACCUUAAAGAGCAUGAAAGCGAUACUCGUUUCAGCGCAUUUCUCACUGCAUUGUUCGAGAGGGUAUCCAACGUCAUUGGACCACGUAACUCAAUAAAAAGUAUCAUCGCUUCUUCUUCUAAGCCCUCAUCGGCCGAGAAGUCAGCGGCAUUAAUGCGCUAUCCUAAAUCCCUUGCGGGGCAGUUUCGACUUUUUAUGACAGUUGGACAGCGGUUUGGACAGCAAGCUCCUCUACGUGUGCAGUUUUACGAGGAAGUAUUGGUCAGAGCGGAGGAGGCAAGUAUCUGUUUUGUGUCGCCGCUAGGUCACUCACAAUCGAGGCAGCUCUAUUCAAGUAAUAGGCCGAUGACUCCUUCAAAACAGAAAACACCGCCCGGGAGAUUCACGACAAAAACAAAUGGCACGGAUGUUGAACUUGCUACUGUCGUCCGACAAGUGUUAGAGAAGAUCGACCCUCGUUUCAAGCUCAAAGCGCAGCAUACUCCCAUAUUGACUUUGGCAUUUGAUGAAGCCCACACCUUGGCGCCUUCAAAUACUGGGAAAUCUGACCAAUUCUCCCCGCCACCUUUCCUUGAUCCAUCGAGCCGCAUUAUCCAAGGUGAACUUUCCAGUGUCAAACCGUUCAGCGCUCUAGGUUUCGAUCGCAUGGCGAUGAAGUUUCGUGAGGGCAUGACUCUGAAUGAUGUCACUAAGUUACCGUACAGGUUAUCAUUGGGUCGUCCCUUAUGGCUAAUACGCUACCAAGAGGGCGGAGAACGCGUCAAAGACACAAUCACCGUAUUUGCUAUCCAGAACUUCUCUGCCCAUUUACUUUGGUCGGCACCGAACGUUGACAGUAAGGAACCAGAUGAACCAAGUCGAGAGGCACAUGCGUGUGUCAAGGAUGGAUUUGAGUCUGUCGUCACGGUUGCAGCCUCGGAGCCGAUCCUCACUGAGGCCGCGGCUAUCAUCUUGCGCACCGUCCGGGAUAAGGACCGGUCCUGUCAGAUGUUACGAGACAUUUUGGAGUGGCCUGGAAUGAGUAAGGGAGAUCGGGGAGAACUCAUUACGUGCAACAUUAUUAUCGACACCGCUCUCUUUACCCACGACAUCUAUCGCAAGUCGAUCAAGGAUUCUUUGCCCUCAAGGCUGCUGACAGGCAGUUGCAACGACUCAUUUGCUGAGACAUUCAAGAGCUCACGCAUCUACAUUACGCAUUUCAUCAAGGUUUAUGAUUUCAAGGUACUCUCUGUCCAAUAUCUCUUUAAGCUUGCCGCUCGGGGUGUCGGAGUUGUCUGCGCGGAUAAUCAACAUGGCAUUGAUGUGGUCAUUCCAAUUCUUUACCAAGACACGAUACUACGAAGGAACAAUAUGUCUGUCCCCAUGAUACAGUCGAAGAAUGAUGACUCUUACGGGACCAGCCCGAACCAACACUUAUUUGACAAGAUGGACCCGUUCAAGCUUGGAAUUUUUGUCAAGUCGACAGGACCACCCCCAGUGGUUUGA